AACCUUUGAAUGCUCUUGGCAAAUAUUAUAAUUGUAGCACACAUUUUUGUUUGUUUUUUUAGUUUUUGUUUCCACACAAAGAGCAUCUUUCUUCCUUUAUUCUUCCCAAUUAGACCUGUGCACAAGAAUAUUGUGGUUAUAGCGUAAGCCCAAAUUCUCUUCCUAGUUUCUGCAACUGCUUUUCCUAGUUGAAUGAGUAAUCUUCUUGGUAACUUACAGCUUUGUAAUUGAAACUUUCCCCAUACAGUGACCGUAGUAUCAAUCAUAGGCCAUCAUCUUUUAAGUCAUUAUUUUGCAAAUACAGUUGACCCUUGAACAACACAGGUUUGAACUGUGCAAAUCCAUGUGAGUUUUUUUUUUCCUCAAUAAAAGUACUGCAGUACCAUAUGAUCAGCAGUUGGGUUGGAUCCAUGGAUGCUGAACCAUGAAUACAGAGGGCCAACUACAUACACGGAUUUUCAACUGUGCAGGGUUUGGUGCAUCUAACCGUUGUGUUCAGCAGUCAGCUGGAUAAUUCAAAAAUGGCAGAACUCUUUAUGGAAUGCGAAGAGGAAGAGUUGGAACCAUGGCAGAAGAAAGUGAAAGAGGUUGAUGAUGAUGAUGACGAUGAACCAAUCUUUGUUGGAGAGAUAACAAGUUCAAAACCAGCAAUUUCAAAUAUUUUGAAUAGAGUAAACCCCAGCUCAUAUUCAAGGGGAAUCAAGAAUGGUGCACUCAGCCGAGGUAUUACUGCUGCAUUCAAGCCUACAAGUCAACACUACACGAACCCAACAUCAAAUCCAGUGGCUGCCUCGCCAGUAAACUUUCAUCCUGAAUCUAGAUCUUCAGAUAGUUCUGUUAUUGUUCAGCCUUUGUCUAAACCUGGUUACAUAAUGAACUCAUCACGAGUUGUAUCUAGUAAUUCUUCAGAGUUACUGUUUGACUUGACCCAGGAUACAGGAUUACCACAUUACCAAGGGGGACCAACACUUUCUAUAGCAGGUAUGAAUGAAAGUUCAUUUUUAUCAAAACGUCCUUCUACAUCUGAAGUAAACAGUGUUAAUCCAAAAAAGUCUAAGCCCAGUGAAGGUGUUUCUGGAACAGAUUCAUCAGCUAUAUUUCCUUCAGUCAAAUCUCUUUCUGUGACAUCUCCCCAGGCUGUGCCAUCAAAAGGUACAAAUACCUCAUCAAAUCAAUCUAAAAAUGGAACACCUUUUCCAAGAGCUUGUCCAAAGUGCAAUAUUCAUUUCAAUCUUUUGGAUCCUUUGAAAAAUCACAUGAAGUACUGUUGUCCAGACAUGAUAAAUAACUUUUUGGGACUGGCUAAAACAGAAUUUUCAAGUACAGCACAUAAAAAUAAAACUAUUGAUUCAGAAAAAGGAAAACUGAUCAUGUUGGUUAAUGACUUUUAUUAUGGAAAACAUGAAGGAGAUGUGCAGGAAGAACAGAAGACUUACACAACCUUUAAAUGCUUCAGUUGCUUGAAAAUUCUAAAAAAUAAUAUUAGGUUUAUGAACCACAUGAAACACCAUUUGGAACUUGAGAAGCAGAGCAGUGAAAGCUGGGAAAACCACACCACCUGCCAGCACUGCUACCGUCAGUUUCCCACACCAUUUCAACUGCAGUGUCACAUUGAAAGUACACACACCCCCCAUGAAUUUUCUACCAUUUGCAAAAUAUGUGAAUUAUCAUUUGAAACAGAGCAUAUUCUUUUACAACAUAUGAAGGACAAUCAUAAACCUGGUGAAAUGCCGUAUAUUUGCCAGGUUUGCAAUUAUAGGUCAUCAUCGUUUUCUGAUGUAGAAACUCAUUUUAGAACAUCCCAUGAAAACACUAAGAACUUGCUAUGUCCAUUUUGCCUCAAAGUUAUUAAAAUUGCAACACCCUAUAUGCAUCAUUAUAUGAAGCAUCAGAAAAAAGGAAUACAUCGUUGUACAAAAUGCAGGCUGCAAUUUUUGACAUGCAAAGAGAAAAUGGAUCACAAGACUCAGCACCAUCGGACAUUUAUAAAACCUAAACAACUAGAAGGAUUGCCUCCUGGAACAAAAGUUACUAUUCGAGCUUCAGUUGGACCCCUUCAAUCAGGAUCUUCAACUACACCUUCCAUUAGUGCAAGCACUUCUACCCUUCAGCUCUCACCUCCAAGGACUAAAAAUAUAACUGCUAAAAGUCCCACAAGAUCUAUCACAAGUAAACCUAAUACAGCUAAACCCAUUGCAAGUAAACCUAAUGCAAGUAAGCCUAAUGGAAGUAAAUCUAAAUACAAAUCAAAAAUUUCUAAUAUGCAAAGGAAACAAAGCACAUUGGCUAGUAGCAAUAAAAAAAGUAAAGUCAAUACAGCAUUGAGGAACUUAAGGUAUCGUCGGGGAGUUCACAAGUGCAUUGAGUGUUGUUCUGAAAUAAAAGAUUUUGCAAACCACUUUCCUACAUAUGUCCAUUGUAGUUUUUGCAGAUACAACACUAGCUGUAGCAAAGCCUAUGUGAAUCAUAUGAUGAGCUUUCAUAGCAACCGUCCAAGUAAAAGGUUUUGUAUCUUUAAGAAGUAUUCAGAAGAUCUCAGGGGCAUUACUCUAGUGUGCCUUAAUUGUGAUUUCCUAACUGAUGUUUCUGGCUUAGAUAACAUGGCUACACACUUAAGUCAACACGAAACUCAUGCCUGCCAAGUUGUGUUAGAGAAAGUUUCUGUUUGUAUCCCAACUUCUGAACAUCUUUCUGAAUUGAAAAAUGAAGCUGCCAAUAAGGAACAAGAACCUGUGUCUGAGGAAAUUCCAAGACCUAAUAUGGCUGAAGGAGAAAGAGAAACAUCAAAUUCUGAAAGUAAACAAGAUGAAGCUUCUUCAGAGGAAAUAAAAAAUGGAUGUGAUGCAAACUUAUUUACGGGCUCAUCAGCAGCAAAAAAUGAAGAAGGCGUAUCAGUUUCAGAUAAGGAAAAUGAUACCUGUCUUGGAGACCAGGAAACUGGCUCAAAGAAUAUCUUCAGUUAUGAUUCAGUCACUGGUGCAGAUAAAGUGGAGAAGGAAAAACAAAUAGAGCACAUUUGUCAGGAAACAGAGUUGAAGAUGUGCCACAAUUCAGAAAACAUUGUUUCCUGUGAUCAGACUGAAGAGCGCAACACCGGUGAAGUCAUAUUUUCUUCGAAGAAUAUUAAGGGUUUGCGGUUAACAUCUGGUGAUGUCAGCAUUGACCAGUUUUUGAGAAAAAGAGAUGAACCUGAAUCUGUUAGCUCUGAUGUCAGUGAGCAAGGCAGUAUUCAUUUGGAGCCUUUGACUCCGUCAGAGGUACUUGAGUACGAAGCCACAGAGAUUCUUCAGAAAAGUAGUGGUGAUCCUCCAGCCAAGACUGAUGAAGUAGAGUCUGAUCAAACAGAUGGCAUUCCUGGAGAAAAUAGCCUUAGCACAACAGAGACAACAGUAGACCUGGCAGACGAAAAAGAAAAGAGCUGAACUUAAUUAGUCAUUCUAAGUUUUAGUGUACCAACGGUGAGAGCAUUUGGAAAAGUGCUAUCAGGUGAGCUCAGUGGUGCUGUUGCAAAGUUCAGAGAUGGAAAACUGUGAGGGAGGUCAUUCAUACACUUUACCUGUAUGUUCAACCUAGGUUGUUAAAUCAAUUCACCAUUAAUAGCAUGAUUAGUGUGAAUUUCCAAGAAGUUUUUAAAACAUGAAUAGAAUUUUAAAGUUAAAUUUGCAAAGAAAAUGUCUCAUUUAGCGCUUUUCAAAGAUACGGAACUUGGUUUCCAGUAUGAAUUGAUUAUUAGUUAUAGUAAUAAAGCUUUUGAAAUUUCCAUCAUUCCUAAGCUAAAAGUCCUUAUUACCUGUACAUCCUUUUCAAUUAACUUAAAGGAAGAGAUUUGGAAACUACAUCUCUUUGGGGAAUCAUUGAUUUAAAAUAAUGGCUGAUUGGCAUUGUUAAUGAAAGCUUCAUUUUGAGUAUGAAGCUGGUAAAUGGAGCAUGCUUAGAGUGCUAAAUUUGUUGAUCUAAAAAGAACUUGGAUGAACAUAAACUUAACUUUGGAUUUAAUAUAACAUUCCAGACUGCCAGAAGCAUGUAAACAGAAUAUUUGAAUCUUUGUACCUCCAAACAAGUGUUAGCCUGCCAGGCUGUAAGCUUACCUUAAUUAAACUUUCAGUGAAAGUGAAAUUAUUAAAAUAUAAAUUUAUAUUUGUGCUUUUUGUCAGUGUGUAAGCUGUGCAGAAAUCCCUUGAUGUACUAGUUGUAUAAAGUAGAAACCCAUUGUUGAAACUCCUGUAGCUAUGAUGCUUUUGGUAUUGUUUUAAUGAUCUUCUUUAGAAUUAGGCCCAUUAAAAUGGUCUGGAAACCAAACCAAAGUAUGGUAUAAUGUAGAUAUUGUAAAGCAGUAAACUGAAAACAUGUCGUGGCAUGAAUUCAGCCAUAUUUAAGUGACUUUUUAUGUAACUGUAAAAUAGAAACUUCAAAUGGGACCUAAAGCAGGAUGUAAAAAAUUGGUUUGGGAUAUUUAGCCUAAUUUAUCCAUAAGAUGGCUGCUAAAUUGAUUUUUCAGUUUUUUAUCAUAUAGAGAAUAAUAGAUACAGAAAUGAAUAAUAUGAGUAACAGUAGUUUGCUUUGAAGUACUAAUAAACUUUUAUUUAAAAUGCUACAUUUUUACUUCUUAAAAUGUGCUUUGAAUUCUUAAAUUUCAUUUCACUGAAUGUUAAAUGUUUUAAAUGGCUAUUAAAAUUCUGCUGUACAUAGUUUUUGAGUAAAUAUUUGCAAUAAAAAUCUGUCCCUGAAUAAUUUUAUUUUUCAGAAAGCUGUGUGAAUCAGAUUACCUUUGGCACUUUUAGAAAUUGUACACCUGUUCAAGGAAAUUUUAUGUUAAAGUUAAUGGUAGAAUUUCAUUCUGUAUUCUUUAAAUGAUGCAUGAUUUAUUUUAAAUUAGGGUUGAAAGUAUUAGGGGAAAACUGUUGCUAUUUACAGAGAAUAGAUUUGCUUUAUAAAUUCUUCCACUUAAAGAGAAUUAUAAUAUAAUAUAGUUUUUUAUCUGCUCAGUAAAUUAAAGAGGCUAACUAGGCAAAAUAUAGUAUUGAUUUAUUUUCUUGAAUAUUUUUGUGGGGGAGCAAAUAUUUUUAUCUUUCCUACUUUAAAGAAAGGAGGGAGAGAGGGACUUAAUAGCUGUUAUUCUUCAUCUUGUUGAAACAUAAAUCUAUAGCAGAGAAGAUUUAUUGAGUAAGUUAAACCUUAGAAGGACAGGGAGAAAAAGAGUCUAUGCAUGGACUACUUCCUGAAUCUUAUUCAUUUAGUUGCCAAGCCUGCUACCUAAUGCUGCAAAACCCUAGAGCACUAUGCCAAAAUGUCUCUAAGUGAUACAAUAAUCCCUUUUGAGCUUUGAGUAGUUUCUUCUCCUGCUCCUAAAUACUUAUUGUAGUGGUAUGCAAAAUACCUGAUCAAUGAACUGUUUAUACUCAUCCACUAUGAGAAAAGGAAACCAUACCAGACUGUAAAUCCUUCACUGAGAAAGUCUAGCAAUGAAAACAAAAAAUUGAUAUAAACAUUGUACUCGGUAACAUAAUUGUUUUAUGUUUUCACAUAAUCUCCUUAUCUCAUUUCUGAUCAGGAACAAACAAUUGAGGAAUACAAACCAAACCGUUGAGUAGCAAUGCUUUAGAACAGGCGUCAGCAAACUUUCUGUGUAGAGCCAGAUAGUAAGUAAUUGUAGGCUGUGUGGUCACAAUUAUCCAGCUCGUCCUCGUAGCUUGAAAGCAGCUAUGGACAAUAUGUAAACGAUAGCGUGUUUGUGUUCCAAUAAAACUUUAUUUACAAAAACAGAAUGUUGGUUGGGUUUGGCCCAUGGACUGUAGUUUGCUUACAUCUGCUUUAGAGUGCUGUUUUGUCCGGACAGAUUGUGGUCAGGGAGUGAGGUUUUCUUUGCCAAUAAUUUAUUUCACAUAGGUUCACUGUGGGAAUUACAGUCUAUAAUAAUAAUGUUUCACAAGCCAAUAGCAUGCAGGAUAAUGUUUGUUAAUAAGCUAAUAAAGAAAUAACACACUCCAAACCAAUAAUAGAUUGAUUAUGCUAUUGUUCCAGGCAAAGGGGAGAUAAAAGAAGUUUAUUUAUUUGAAAUGUACCUUUCCAUGAAUUGGUUCUCAGAAGAAUCAGUCCUUCCAGCUAAAAGCUGGGUAUCAGCUGUCAGCUUAGGUCCCUUGCUGUUGGGGCAUGUUGCUAGGGGGUGACAGCACCACUGUUGGUAGGCAAGCUGGGCUGCCCCAAAUGUUACUGGUCCAGGGACCAUUAUAUGGCUUGCACCACUGCCUUCCAGGGGUAGCCUCCAAGACAGGGACAGAUGUCCCUUCUCUUCCAAAGACUGCUUUAACACUGCUGCGGACCAAGAGUGGCCUGGCCACGGCAGGAGCAAUUAUCUCAAGGUCUUCAGAGAGCUAUUUAAAUCAGCAAAAUGUAGCCUUGCCCCAACCAAACACUCUUGGUAAGUCCUCACAAAUUCUUGGUAUUUAAAGUUUAAAUGCCCAUCACAUGUUGACUGCUUGUCCAUAUCUUCCUAUCGAUUAGCGCCCCUAGCGGUACCCUUUAACAGCUAAACUACUGAGUACGUAUCGACAACAUGUUGAUGCAUCCUGGCACAGCUUCCUCAAUGUAAGUAAAUUCAACCUUAGAUAAAAACUUCACUUAAGUCAUAAUAAACAACUGGAUUUGAAAUCAUAACAAACCAAUACACAAGUGCUUAGACUUUCUUGAUAUGACUAUGAAAGCCAGUAGGGACUGCCUGAGAACUACCAGGGUGCUUCACUAUGUUUUAGUUCCCUGUUACCUAACAUAGAAUUAUGAUUGAUUAUAAAUGCAGUUCAGUGAUACUAAGAAGUAUUAUAUUCAUUUUGUGGAUGUGCUUUUAUUUUACAUUGAAAAUCUGAAUGCUAUAUUUAUUUGUGUUAUUUCUUCCCCUUUGCAUCUUUCCAAUGUUUUAGGGAGGAAAUUGGAAUUUUUCUCACUCUAUAAAAAUUUUAAGAACUAUUCUAAAUAUUUUUAAAAGGAAUUGGAAAAAUAUGAGUCAUCUUGUUUUGGCUAUAAGUGGAAAGGUAAGGAAACCAAAUAUCUAGGCAGUUAUUUGCUUAAGGUCGCAAAGCCAAGGUUUGAACCCAAUUUGAUCUGAUUCUGAAGUUGGGUGUUUUAUAUCGUAUCUAUAAUCCCCAGCAUUUAUACUGAAUAUUCCUUUUAAAAUAAACCAGUUUUUGCAAAUAACUCUCCCAUUGAUGGUACUACUUACAGUUUUAUUUAUUAUUCCAACAAUGAUUAUAUUCAUAUGGAAUGGAGGACCUCUUAACCUAAAGAAAAGGACCUACUGGUCUCUUUUAUUAAUAGAAAUUGAAGAAUUGAGGGGGGAUAGUGAAUAUUUUAUUAAUAGGAAAGACAGCAUGUGAUUUAAAGAUAUACUAACUAUAGAAGUUUUAAUAUCAUUACAUUUUUAUAGGCUUCUGUAAUGUCAUUUUUUGAUUUCUUGGUUGACAUGGUUAUUUUUGUUACAUCAAAAAUUGUUACUCCAGGACCACUCGCUUGUACUGACUUCAAUGUAAUAGGACUUUUGUAUGUAUGUAGGCACUAAAAAAAAAUUGUGCAUGUUUCACUUUUACUAGAUUAACACUGACUUUGUUUUUUUGGAGGAGUUUAAAUAACAGAAUGUUAACAGCAUAUUUUGGUUACUAUAUUAGCUGCAUUUGACAAGGUACUUUAAGAAUGAAGAUGAGAAAAACAGUAAGAUUGCAAAUGGGAACAAAAGAGAAUAGAAAAAGUUCAAAAAUUCAGAUACUUGCAGGGUUAGAAGAGGCCAGGCUUUUCAUCCGCUGCCAAUAAAAGAAGGCCUAAACAAGAAAGCUGAAUUAAAUUAAGAAUAUGGCCAUAUCAUACGCUAGUUUAGGUUACGGAGAGUCCCCAAAGUGUUUACUAUGCGGAAAUUCCUUCACAGCAUUUCUUGGGAAACGUAUAUUUUUCUGAAUUUCAAAACAAAUCAGUCAAGAAAUUGAUGAAACAGGAGAAGGUGUUGUAACUCCUCUGUGAGGAUUAAAGCUUAGUAUAAAUUUAGAGCCAUUGCUGUUUUGUAGGAAUCCACUGAAGUAAGAGCAGAGGAUGCUGACACGUGUAGUCCAAGAGUAAAGUCAUCAUUUCUAGGAGCCAGAACAGGAGCCCAUAGAAGAGAAGUGGUCACAAUCUGAUCACUGAUUUGUAGCUAUUGCCAUGUUAUAAAUGUGCAUUCAUGCCCCUCUCUGCUGCUAACGGUGAGUCAUUCUUAUAAGUAAAAUAAAUAUUAAUAGGUUUAUAUACUUAGGAUACUUUAUGCAGAUCCCAUCAAUGAUAUUCUAAAAAUAACAUGUUGUGGAGGCAAAAUAAUUCCAUAAAUUAGCAGUUUUGACUUGUGAUUCUGUGUGGUGCUAUUACCCUUGAUACGAAAUAGAAAUUUAACAUUAUUCAAAUACUACCAAAUGAAUUUGGUGGCGUUUCCCAGUACAUGGUUAUUUGCCAAAGGGUGCUAUUCUUUGCAAAUCCUUUAACAAGAAAUGCAAAAAGAAGUAAAUGUUGUGGAACAGUCUGAAAUGAGAUCAGAAACUAAUACCAAUUCUAAAUUAGCAAAAGCAAUUAUCGAUUGCAACAGCAAGACCAAAAUCAGGGCAAGCAGACAAAAUAUUUUUAUCAUCAAAAAAAGGAAAAGAGCUUCUAUGAAGCAACAUGUAACGUAAUACCAACUUAAAGAUGUCUUUGGACAAUCCUUAAGAACUUGACUAUAUCAAUGCAAAAAUAAAAGAAAAAUUUCUAUGUCUGAAAUAUUUGUUGCAAAAUAAAGACUAUCAGGGCAAUUAA